AGAAUAUGAAGGCUUCUGACCUUAAUGUCUAUGGUUCUGACCUGGCUCCUCUAAUCAAAAGAUGGACGUGAAGACGGUUCUGCAAUUCGCCGCCACCACAAGAGGCUUGUCACUACUAAUACAGGCUCUCCUAAAUGCUGCAAUCCCAGAUCACGAAGCUGAUGCAUUCACUCCUCCACGUGCAGAGGAGCCUCGGCUUCUGGAUCCUGCAGUGCAAUGGUUUCUAGGGGGCCUUUCCCACUGGGAUGCAGAGCAUUUCCUCUUCAUUGCUGAGAGGGGUUACCUGUAUGAGCACAACUACGCCUUCUUCCCCCUGUUCCCUGUCAUACUGCGGGGGCUUGCAGAGACUAUACUACGGCCCCUCAGUGGCUGUCUUACACUGCGUGGACGCCUGCUGCUGGCUGUUGCCUUGGGUAACAGCGCCCUCUUCCUGCUGAGUGUGGUAGCACUGUAUGGACUCGGCCGUGUGGUGCUGCAGGAUCGGCGGCUUGCUCUAGUCUCAAGUUUACUCUACUGUCUCACCCCUGCCAAUGUCUUCAUGACUGCUGGUUACUCAGAGAGCCUGUUUGCUGCACUGACCUUCGGUGGCCUCUUUCUCCUUGAGAGAGGAUACACCCUCAGAGCCUGUCUGGCUCUGAGUAUAGCUACUGCUGCGAGAGCCAAUGGACUUGUUAAUGUAGGAUUCUUGCUGUAUCUGCCCCUGCAACAGGCCCUGUCCAAGAUCUGGGGACUGCGUAAGGACAAUAACAGGCACAACAAAUGCCUCCACUACACCUGGAUCGUCGCUCGUCUCCUUUUCACGGCUGCAUUGGGCACAGCAGUUAUUGCACUCCCCUUCUUGGUCUUCCAGUACUAUGGGUACAGGGUGUUCUGUACACCCUCCCUCUCCUUGGAGCAGGUUUCCCCUGCCCUCAUCCAGCUUGCUGAGGAUAAAGGCUACAGGGUCCCUGACGAAAACGCACCCCCACCCCUCUGGUGCCUGCGACCCCUCCCCCUACUCUACUCUCAUAUCCAGGAUGUGUAUUGGGAUGUGGGCUUCCUGCGCUACUUCCAGCUUAAGCAGAUACCCAACUUCCUGCUGGCACUGCCCAUGGCAACUCUGGGCAUGGCGGCGGCCUACAUGUACUAUAGGGCUAACCCAGCUAGGUGUCUGAGACUGGGGUUGUGGGACGGAGGGGCAAAUAAACGGCCAGACAAACCCACACCUGGAUUUUACAGCCCCAGGGUGUUUUUGUAUGUGGUGCAUGCUACAAUGCUCCUGGGAUUUGGAACAUUCUGCAUGCAUGUGCAGGUUUUGACCCGGUUUCUGUCUUCCUCCUCCCCUGUACCUUUCUGGAUCAGUGCCCACCUGCUCUUACUCUACGAGCCUCUCCUUCAGCGAAGGUCACCACCCACAUACAAUAAGGGGCAGCAGCGGGGGACACCUAGAACUGUCUUCUUGUACUUACCCCAAAACCCCAUUGUUCAUCUACUGUCCCGCUGGAAGACAUGCUCUAUUCCCACACGAUGGAUUCUAGGGUACUUCAUCUCCUAUUGGCUUAUGGGCCUGGCACUGCACUGUAACUUCUUACCAUGGACUUGACCUGACACUUUCUACUGAAGAUCUGAUGUGUGCACAAAAUACUAUUUGAGGGCAAUAAUAAUAGCUCUGAAGCUGUCAUUUUCUGCCUGCUUCAUAAAUAGACAGUUCCGUUUUGAGAUCGCAACUGGCUACUCCCCUCUGUUAGUGUUCGGCAAUAAAGUUCAAGCGUUUUAUUUGCACUCAUCUAAUUUUCAGAAAAUUGCAUAUUUUAAUAUUUCUUUAACAAGAAAAACAUUGGAUUGAUUCAUAAUCCAGCAUUGAUGCACUGAUUGUUCCAUUAUAUCAAAUUGUCUCUGAAAAUGUACAGGGUGCAGUUUGUGCAUGUGUUAUUGUAUUUUUUUGUUUACUAAAGAGAUACUGUAAUAAAGCAUUGCUGUGUUUUUUAAAUUAACAAUUAAAAUAGUAUGCGUCACAAAUAAUUAGCGUUUGUUGAUAGAUUCUGCUUGCAGCAUUUCAACCAUUGAUUUCAGCACCACCGACAGCAAGCCUUUCUAGUUGAAACACCUAGAAAGUUAAGAUCUUAAGUAAAUGAAGCUAGCUAGCGAACUUGCUGUAUUUUAUACAGACCAUGCAUGCUACUGUAGCUGACCUAAUAAAACUUGCAUCAUUACUCUAGAACAUUACUAGCAAAUGACAGUGAAACUUGAAAGGUGAGCAGUGCACAUAAUUAUGGAGUCUAAAAACAGACGGUCUAAACUCAAAGGCGAGUGUGAAUGUAUUGUUUUGAAAUAUGACCCAAACGAACGACACCUGAAAAGAGGUGUUGUUCCUACUGUCUUCGCGUGGAACUGGCACAUUCAAAAGAGACCUGGUGUUUGGGGAAGAUGACUGAAACCUCCUGCUCCGACUGAGGGGGAUGAAGAACAAGGUGCGCUGCCUGUGGACUGUGCUGUCUCUGAUCCGGUCCAGAGCAUGGGCCAAGCCAGUGUAAAUGUACAGGUGUUUAUUAAAAUUAUAAUUUGUUUAUCUA